ACCGAACAUUGGCAAUAAUUGAAGUGCUGCACAUCAUCUUCAGCAAUAUUCAGGAUGAAGAGCUCCAAGGGACUUGGGAGCAUCCUUCCAUCACGCGUCGUGGGACUUUAGCGAGGUUGGCUCGGACGUGUCGCACAUUUCAAGAACCUGCUUUGGAUGCGCUCUGGGAGCAUUUGACUUCGGUAAGAGCCUUACGACAACUCAUUCCAAAGGAUUCUAUGAGCUUUCGUCCAUGGUUGCGCUCCGGAAAUGUAGACGUAAAUAACGUGCAAGCAACGUCGCAGGAGGCUGUCAGGCUCCUUGUCCGCGCCGAUUGGGACCUCUUCAAGACGUACGCCAGACGAGUGCGCACAUUUGGUCCAUUCGGAGACUGCGACGAUACUUGGUUCUACGACUUGGAACAAACACCGCCCGAUAUGGUCCCUCUCCUCCCAAACAUUAAAGUUCUUUGCUGGGCCGGGUUUAAUUCGUUCUCUAGAACGUUUGGAUUUCUCCGCUUAUUCCUCUCGCCGACUGUUGAACGACUCCACAUCGCGGUUUCUGAACAUGAAGUCCAUGACGACCUGGUGGUUCUUGCUCUAGCGCCACUUUCGUGCCCCAACGUCAGAGACGUGAAACUCGUAGACUACGAGCUGGUAGAUAAUAUCCCAGCGUCGAAGAGUAUCUAUUACUUUUCUCAGGUACUCUGCCAGUGGACACACUUGACCAAUCUUAUCUGCGAUAGGGUGACCGACGACGCCUUGGUCCAUCUUGCUCAAAUGCAAUCGCUCGCCCGGUUGGAUAUUGUCUUAGGGAGAAAAGAAUCUUUGGGUGACGUACGGUCGCGUGUGUCUGGCACACCUUUCCCAUCAUUGACGUACUGCCGCAUUUCGUGUGAUAACGUCUUCCAUCCUAUCGCAUUUAUUACCAAAAUGCAGCUCUCUCCUGUAGAGCUACUCGUUGUCUGCCAUUUCCCAGACCAGUCGUCGACCAUCGAACAGCUCUUCGGGCCACUUUCGACACAUCCCUCCCGGCGCGAGCUCGAGAGAUUCGAUAUUCACUCCUCCAAAGCAUGCUUCAAUCUCCCUGCGCGCGACGCACCCAGCUGCCCUCUCGAGGAGACCCUGACCAUUGCACGGCUACGGCCACUCCUCAGCUUCUCCCGACUCCGCUUACUCUAUAUCAACGUUCCCAUCGAGAUCACCCUAAACGAUUCCGACAUCAUUGAACUAGCACAUGCCUUCCCACUUCUUGAAGAGCUGUCGCUCAAUGGCGGCGUCAACUUGACCGAAGACCCACUUGGCUCCUGGGUCGAGCAGUCCUGGCACAGGAUUCCACAUCGCUUCGCCAUUGGGUGGCUCGUCCGACCCCGUGUUACAUUUCGUGGGCUAUACGCCCUCAUCGAGAGCUGCCCUUGUCUGCGCGGGCUCGGGAUCUCAUUUGACGCGGAGCAGAAUUUGGAUGAGGUGCCAGAUGAAGUUUUGUCGCCCAACCGACACAUCCAGUAUCUGCCUGUGGGAAACUCUCCGUGCGGAGAUCCCGAGGUUGUAGCGAGGCGCCUUCGCUCGGUCCUUCCCAAUGUCACUCGGAUAAUGGGUAAUUGGUCCCCUUGGAAAGGGAAAUCUAACGUCGAUAGUAUGGUGAAGCAGAGGAGAGUGGCGGGUGACCGGUGGGACGAAGUGGAACGCCUUCUUAAUAAUGAGGCUCAGACGUCGGGCAUAUGA